GGGCGCGCUCUGCCGAGGCUCGCAGACCCGGGAGUCGGCGCCCUCUCCAGGGGCUUCCCUGUUUGGCCUUUGGAUGGUUGCCACGAGGAUGGAGAGGAGCGGCAUCCUGGCCCGGUAAACGCACAGGUCGGCUCGUGUUUUGGGCCAUGGACUCUCUGAGACACCCUGAGGUGUAAAGAUGUCGAGCAGAAACAGGGCGCUUGUGACAGACUUCAUUUCCUACAAGCUGUCUCAGCGGGGCCACAGCUGGAAUGAGAUCGAAGGCGACGAGGGAAGCAGGACUGAGCUGGCCGACGAGAUGGGGGGCGUCCUCAACGGGAGCCCCUCUUGGCACACCGGCAGCAGCCCGGUCGUCAAUGGGGCGACGGGGCACCUGACCAUCCUCGAAGACCUGGAAGACGGUCCCCGGGAGGAUGUGAGGCAGACGCUCAGGGAGGCUGGCGACGAGUUCGAACUGCGGUACCGGCGGGCUUUCAGCGACCUCACCUCCCAGCUGCACAUCACCCCCGGCACCGCGUACCAGAGCUUCGAGCAGGUGGUGAACGAACUCUUCCGCGACGGGGUGAACUGGGGGCGGAUUGUGGCGUUUUUCUCCUUCGGAGGGGCCCUGUGCGUGGAGAGUGUCGACAAGGAGAUGAGAGUGUUGGUGGGCCGGAUUGCCAGCUGGAUGGCUACUUACCUGACCGAGCACCUGGACCCCUGGAUCCAAGAGAACGGCGGCUGGGAGCGGUUUGUGGAUCUCUAUGGGAACGAUGCCGCCGCGAAGAGCAGGAAAGGGCAGGAGCGCUUCAACAGGUGGCUCUUGACGGGGGCCACCGUGGCCGGCGUGCUCCUCCUCGGCUCGCUGCUGAGCCGCAAGUAGCCAGAGACUGACCGCUCGCCCGCCCGCCCGGGUGCCGCGUUCCGCCUGUCAGCCUUGCGAUCAUUCCAGGGGGUGGGCAAGGGGCCUUUGCAUUGUAACCCCCCACUCUGACCCAGCUCCCCCCCCAAAAGCAACUCACAGACCUCUUUCUGGUGCCUCCUUCCGCCACCCCAGACCCCUCCAGCCCCACGUCACUGCCCCGUGCCCCCACUUCUGGGUGCUGGGCUGCCAACCCCCCCACCCCCGGAGCCUGCUUCUUCUAGCCACCACGACUCACCAGCUGGGUGUUUGGUUUGACUGCUCCUUUUAAGCCCUCCGAGAGAAGCCCGGCGCUUGGGGAGGGGCUGCUGCGUGGGGCGUCUGCCAGGGAGGAAGUCCCCCCCCAGGUCUGCAGUGGGUCUUCCGGGCUCCGCUCCCGAGGCACACAGAGUCGCAUUCGAUGCAUCCCCCAGGCCCGGCAAGGACCGCGCCAGCCGCUGCCUGGGUGCCGCGAAGGGUGUGGGGAAGUGGCACCUCCCCAGAGCGCUCGCUCGUCCCCCUGGGCAGCGCUUGGCUGGCUGGGCGAGAGGGGCAGCGAGGCAGACGCCCCCAGGGGUGGGAAGAGGGGUGUUUGGGCACAGAGCCUGCAUGGACAGCCCCCCCCCCCCCCCAGGAAGAGUCAUGUCCUGGGAAGCGUUAGGUGCCCUUCCGGGGGAACCUGUCGCGGGCGCCUGGCGCUUCACAGUCCUGGCAAAGCCCCACGCUUGCCUGGACCGUGCAAGGCCUCCGGCAGGCUGAGCUGUGGGGUGGGGGGGCCUCUCUUUUCGGGAAGAAGCUCCUGGCCGCAGCACUCUCUGGGCUUCUGUGUGCUCCCCCAGAGGCCUGCAGGCCGCCGCCUCCUCGAGGCCCCCCACCCCAGCAGGCCCCCUGCUCGCCCGCUCCCCCUCCUGGCCACCGAACCCACGUGCCCCCUUCGCGCCUUGCCAGCCCUGGCACUGCAGCCCCGGCAGCCACGGUGCCCCGGCGUGCGAGAGCGCCACCCUUCCAGCGGCCCUCGCUCCUCCGCCACGCUGCUGUGGACGCCCUCUGCACCCGGAUUCGGGGCCAGUGGCCAGAGCGUGGCCGUGGCUGGUGAGGUGGGCAGGGCCAGGGCCGGGAUAGCCCGGGGGAGCGACCGGGUGGGGCCGCCGGGCCCUGGGCUGGCACACAGAGCCCCCCGCCCUCGCCCCGUGCCGGAGUGCCCUCCGAGGCAGCCGGGCCUGCCCUCCACUCGCUGCCGGAAGGAGCAGGCGGGGGCGGCAGAGCGAGCGCAGGGCUGCUGGGGGGAGAAGAGGGCCCGCCAUGCCAUGCCGAGCCGAGCCGAGCUGCCCUGGAAGGUGUUUACGAUCAGCUGCUAAUUGCAGGGCUGGCUCCCGGGGGACACGCCGUGGCGGCUGCCCAAGGAACUUCCAGGAAGAGCAGAAAUCAACAGCGUGUGCCGGGCCAGGCGCUGUGGG